UCACUCACUUUCUCAUUGGAAAAAGCACCAAAGACGGGCCGAGAGAAUACCCUUCCACACAAGACAACAACAGGCCAUUAUUCGUUUCGUCCUUCUUUUGCUUCCGUUCAAUUACACUCUUCCCCCUCUUCUCCCGACUACAACCUAGUCCACUAAUUUCUCAAAUCAAAUUUCAAUUUCGUCACUUCCAAAUCAUCAUUUCGCAAUCGAAUUUCAUCAAGUGUUCAAUGAGAUUUCAUGAAAUCGACACAAAUCCCUAAUUUCAAAACAAACACCCUGCGAUUUCUGGGUUCAAUUUUGUCAGGAGAGAGAAAAUGUCGCUGCGGAUUAAAUCAGUUGUUGAUAAGUUCGUGCAGGAGCUGAAAGAAGCUUUGGAAGCUGAUAUUCAAGAUCGAAUUAUGAAGGAGAGAGAAAUGCAGAGUUAUAUCGAAGAGCGUGAGCGCGAGGUCGCUGAACGUGAAGCUGCUUGGAAAGCUGAAUUAUCCCGCCGAGAGGCUGAGAUUGCUCGUCAAGAAGCAAGGCUAAAGAUGGAGAGAGAGAAUCUAGAAAAGGAGAAAAGUGUUCUGAUGGGAACUGCAUCAAAUCAAGAUAACCAAGAUGGAGCACUUGAAAUCACUGUCAGUGGAGAGAAAUACCGAUGCCUGAGGUUCUCGAAGGCUAAGAAAUGAUCCCAAGUGGUUGCAAUUGCAAUCUCGACGAAUUUUGGUUUCUGACUGAUUGAUUUGAUUUUGCAUCUCUCUGCAGAAGUUUAUAUUCUUUUCAGUUCAUCAUUUGUGUACAUAUAUGGUAGCAUAUUUUUGCAAUAGGAACUCUACAUAUACGUCUCUAUGACAUAUGGUUAUUCAGCAAUUGAAGAGAUGGCCUGCAGUUAGCAGAAGCAAAAUAGCAAAUGAAUUCUUGUUAGUUCUUCAGUUCUUAUUUAGUGAUUCCUUGUUGUAGAUAUGCUAUCACUUUCUCUUCCAGGAUGCUGAAUAGUUUGGACUGAAAUUGCGAUUCUGGAGCGCCUGCACAAGCUAGUGGUCUUGCACACUCAGUCCUACAAGUUCUGUAACCCUUUUUAACCUUACAAGUAGUGUUCAUUAAUUCUUAUGAAAUGAAAAUCUUCUAAAUUGUCA